GACACAAACAUUUUACUACAGAGUAAUAAGAAAAAUGCCUACCACAGUGAAUGAAGUUGCAGAGAAAACCGAAAUGCUGGAGCUCGAUCCCAAGUCCGGUGUUGCUCUGAAGCCAACAACAACGAAAGACGAAAUCAACGAGACAGCACCCGACGAGUUAACAGACAAGGUCACUGAAGCUGAUGAAACCAUAAACAAAACUGCUCCAACAGAAGACAAGGCUGAUCAGAAAGAAGAACCUGCUGCUGCUGCUGUAAAAGACGAGGAUAUUCCGGUUGAAGUCGAACCCAAGACUGGAAUAUCUUUUCCGGUUAAGCUUCGCGAUGGGAAGCAACUGACUGCUGUUGGCCUGAGAAAGAAGAGCAUGCUUGGCAUUGGCAUCAAGAUAUAUGGCUUUGGCAUAUAUGCAGAAAAUGAGAAGCUGAAAGAUAUUCUUCUAAGGACAAAAUUCGAGAAAGAACCAACUAAAGCGACAAAGGAAAUGUAUCAGGUGGUGAUUGACAGUGAUGUCGGAAUGAUGGUUCGAUUGGUUAUUGUGUACUCUAGCUUGACAAUGAGCAUGGUUAGGAAAAGCUUCGAUGAAGGGCUUGGGGCAUCUAUCAAGAAGCUCACAGGUGGCAAGAAUGAACAGAUCACUAAAAUGAUUAUGGGGGAAGCAUCAGAUGAAAUAAAGCUGACACCAGGUUCUGUGAUUGAGAUAUCCAGGCUUCCAGGGUACACACUCCAAACUAAAGUUAAGGGGGAGAUUGUGAGCACGGUUCAGAGUGAACUGCUUUGCAGGGCGUAUAUAUAUAUGUAUUUAGGAGAAGAUCCUUUCGACAAAGAGGCUAAGGAGAAAUUCGGGGCAUCUAUGCUUUCACUCUUUUGAGGAGGACUUCUUCCAAGUACUAAGGAAUAAAUUCUAAAUAAAGAAGCGGCGGCGGUGGUGGGAAGAAAGUUCGUUAAAGAAUAUCCCCUAUGUAUUUUCAGUGUGUUAAAGAAAAUAUCCUAUGUAAUAAUAAUCGGCUGCUUAAUUCUAAUUCAGCAAUACACAAAAUUUAGUUCAUGUUGUUAAUGAAUCAUAUAUUAAGGAUCUAGCACACAAAACAUGUUUUCCAGUGAAGUUGGUACGAAAAAUGAAAAAUCCGGAAUUAAAGCUAGAAUGUGACAGUCUCGGGUUAAACGAAGAUAUGUUUCAGCAGAAGAA